AUGUCGGGAAGCCCAAUAAAAAUUGCUGCAAAGACAUUAAAUAUUGGAAGUAGAACUGUUGAAAGAAUAGUUAAGAAUGCUAACAUUGCGUCUCCUAAAAAACACCUGGCCGUAUUCCCAAACUAUUUGAUGACUUUGACAAAGAGCCCCACCCACCUUAAACAUGCUGCGGAGCAAAAUCAAGGAGCAAAACAUCGGUCCACCGUCGUUCUCCAGAGACACACUUUGGAGGUUACUACGAAAUAUGGGCGCCUGAAUCAAAAUUCUACUAGCGAUAACCCACGACCCGUCAUCUAUCUAGAUGAGUCGUGGAUUGGCUGCAACUCCGUAGCAGUUAAAGGAUGGAUGCCAAAAAUUAUGAGGACCAAGCGAAUGAAAUUAGACCACAGUUUUCCUCAAAAAACCGGAAGAGGACCACGGCUAAUUAUGCUCCACGCGGGAUCAAAAGACGGAUUUGUCCCCGGAGCUCUCCUAUUAAAAAGUAGUACAACCAAAGACGAAGACUAUCACUCCGAAAUGGACUCAUUUGGAUUCGACAAUUGGUUCCGAAAAUGCUUACUUCCCAAUAUUCCACCAAGUUCAAUAAUAGUUAUGGACAACGCAUCUUACCAUUCUACGACGGAUGCUCCCAAAUCGGGUGACAAAAUUGGGGUCAUGAAAUCGUGGCUGAAAAAAAAGCAAAUUCCCUUUGAUCAAAAAAUGAUAAAAAAAGAAAUAUGGAAACUUGUGAUGGCCGAGAAAAAAAAUGCAGAGCACUUGUUCAUUGACAGACUCGCUAAAACUCAUGGACAUGAAGUUCUGCGCCUUCCCCCAUAUCAAUGUGACCUUAACCCGAUCGAGCUUGUUUGGGGACAUAUUAAACAGCAUGUGGCGAAAUACAACACAACAGGAAAAAUUAAUGAUAUAAUUGAACUUGCUCAAGAGUACAUAGAAGCGUAUGAUCCGGACGUUUGGAAGAAAAAUGUUGUUCAUGUUGAAAAAAUUGCAAAUAAUUAUGAAAUUUUGGACGGAUUUCCAACACUCCCUCCUGAACCGUUCCAAAUUGUCAUUCCGUUAGAUGUAGAUGACACUGACUCAGAAACAGAUGUUAGUGACAGCGAUGACGACAGUGACCAAAAUGAGAUUAGUGACGAUCAGGAUGAAAACGAUCCCAUUGAACAAUUAAAUAAUUUAACUGACGAAACUCAUCAAUUAAUUCAUGAGACACCAACACAGUCAUCAAAACGACGGAAACAAGCUCUGGCUCCUCGUGUUUUAUUUUAA